AUGACUCCUCCUUGCUGUGACAUUUGGGAGGACUACUCGCCUCAGAAGGACACAGAGUACUUGUCCGCUGUUACAUUGUUCAUGGACGGUGGUGCUGGUGGUGGUGUUGGUGGUGGCGGUGGUGGUGGCGGUAAGCUUAACAUAAGACCUCCUGCAGAGAAUAAAAUGAUGGGCACAUAUGACCCAAAUUAUCAAACCUUGGCCGGAUUGAACAAC